AAGUCAAACAACACUGCCUGUAAUUACGUAGCUCCAAAGGUUACUUUUAAGUUAUAUCAUGAGUAAUUUACAAUUUGCUGUGUCCGAGUUUCUGGAGAGAGUACCAGUCUUGCCAUUAGUUGUAGGCGUUGGGUCAGCAAUAGUCCUUGUGACGGUUGUUGCCAACUGCUUAUGGGGCAGGAAGAGUAAAAAGCCGAAGAAGCUUGUCGCUCUUGUGGACCCAAAUGUGAAAUAUGCCCUGCCUUUAAUUGAGAGGGAGGAAAUCAGCCAUGACACAAGGAGAUUCCGGUUUGGACUACCGAGUCAUGAUCAUGUUUUAGGACUGCCCAUUGGUCAACAUAUCCACUUAUCGGCUAAGAUUGAUGAUGAUCUUGUAAUCAGAGCAUACACUCCAGUAUCAAGUGAUGAAGAGAAGGGCUAUGUUGAUUUGGUUAUUAAGGUGUACUUCAAAAACGUUCAUCCAAAAUUCCCCGAUGGAGGCAAAAUGUCUCAACACUUGAACAACAUGAGGCUUGGAGACACUAUUGAUGUUCGAGGACCAUCGGGCAGGCUUCAGUAUGCAGGAAAUGGAACAUUCAUGAUCAAAAAGAUGAGGAAAGACCCACCAAUCAAAGUUGUUGCAAAGCAAAUGAACAUGAUUGCAGGUGGCACUGGCAUCGCGCCAAUGCUCCAACUGGUCCGGCACAUCUGCCGAGACGUCAACGACCGCACCCAACUGCGGCUGCUCUUCGCCAACCAGACGGAAGAAGAUAUCCUGCUGAGGAACGAACUGGAGAUGUACCAGAAAGACCACCCGGACCAGUUCAAAUUGUGGUACACAGUAGACAGGCCUAGUGAAGGAUGGACAUACAGCACCGGUUUCAUCAACGAUGAAAUGAUCCGCGACCACCUCUUCCCUCCGAGCAAUGACGUCAUCACGCUCAUGUGUGGGCCCCCACCGAUGAUCAACUUCGCCUGUAACCCGGCGCUGGAGAAACUAGGUUACUCAGAAGACCUUCGCUUCGCCUACUAAGGUUAUUAUUGUAUGUAGAAACUGAGUUUACAUCACAGUACAGAAGUCCCAGUAUGGGUAAAUAAUUUUAUUGACGCAUUCAACCCAAUAGAAUAAUAGUGCUGAAUAUGUUAAUGCAAAUGAAUAAAUAAAUAAAUAAACAUAAGCCCGUAUUAUGGAACGGUUCAAAAUAAUGUAAAAUAAAACGUUUCAAAAUUGAUUUGAACUCAUAAAUCAAUUCUUUAUCGCAGAAACUAAUAAAAAUGAAACCUGUGUUUAUACACUUAUCCCCAUAAUAAUAAAAAGUUACACCUAGGAUGAACUCUGGAUUAAAAUGACAUUCCUAUACUAAAUGACAACUUGAGCCAGAGUUCAACUAGGGUGUAACUUUUAUUAAUAGGGCGGUAGAAUUCAAUUUCGCAUACCAAUCGUAUAAAAAUAUGUGCGUAUCAUAUACGAAUUGGAAUUCGGUUUCAUAAAAAUAUGUCUAAAAUUGUGAUUUUAUGAACACGUUUAUAAGGGUGACUUUUUUUAAAGUAUUGGUAGUUUAGUAGAUGUUAUACAAUUCGUAGAUAUUAUAUUUAUUUAUUUUACCGUAGAAAAUCUGAAAGACGGGUCAUCUGGUGCUAAUUAUUUUGUAAAUGCAUUUUUUAUUUUUUUUAAAUAAGUAUGCAUGCACAUUAAGAAAAAAUAUGGAACUCUUGGACUCAAUUUUAAAAUUACAAAAUUAUUAAG